UCUUGUUGGUAGACCCUCCAUAAACCUUUGCAAUGAUAGAAAUCGUCAAUCAAAAAAGUCCUUUCGUUGUAGGGAGCGGAAGUAGAUUUAUCAAGUACUAAGUUUGAAUAUGGUUGAUAUAUUGGGGAAAAUAUCAAAGGUUAAAACAACUUUUAUUUGAAACAUUUCAAUUAAUUUUCUUUUAAAGACACUUGACAUUUAUUUAAAGACAUUAGAAAAAAUAUCAUUCAUACAAUGCAUUGGAAUACAUACAUAUUUUAUUAAACGGACCAGUUUCGUACUGCGAGCGAGGCACUAUGAAUUGCGGCAAUCUUUUGUUGCUAAUAUAUUUGAUAACAACUACGGCGUUUGCCAAAAUUGUGAUUAAUAAAAUUGUUGUACGUAUACCUAAACCGAACGACAUUGGACUAAUAUUUGAUUUAACUGUUGUAAAUUCACCGUGUAAAGAUAGAGAAACGCUGGAAUUUCGCAUACGUUCUGAUGCCACUUGUUGUGUAAAUGUAACCGAAAAUGAAAUUAUGAAAAAAGCUGGGCGUGUAGUAGGUGGAAACUUUGGGCAUAUUGAAGCAGGAGCUGCUGAAGUUAUAUCUUUGAUAUGGCCAACAAUUUCUUUGUACAAUCGAGUAGGAUUUUGUCCCAUUGUUGUUACAUCGAAAAAUGCUCGUGGCAUAGAGGAGCAUCAUAAACAUACUAUACAUUUCGAUACUCGUUUUACUACGCUCGAUCCCGAUUGUCAUACGCUAAGAAAAAGGCCUGACUAUAAGGAUUGUAAGAAUUGGGAUAAGGAAUACUUAAAUAAUUGCACACCCGUUAAUUGCCAGGAACGUUAUUUCGGACAACGCAGUUUUUAUAAUAAAACUACAGAGCAUUGCGAUCCGGUACCACGUUGUGAUAAACCAAAUAUGCGCUAUGAUUAUUACAACAAUGAAUGUUUGAUUCCUGAAAACUUUUUUACCGAAGAAGAUAGAAAAAAGAUACAAAGUGGUGAUUUCAGAGACGAAUGCGAGGAAGAAGAACAAGAAAGGAAACAAAAUGGAAAAAAAUCCAAAAAGAAAAAACAAUCGGCCAAAUAUCGAAAAGAACAACAGCAGCAACAAAACACGCAACAUGCAAGCGCCAAACGCGAAUCAGAUACUUUUGAUGAUGAAUUCAACUUUUAUCCUCAAUCAAAUUUCGUCGAUCCAGAUAAUAGCGCUACAAAUCCACAGCCAAUGGUCGGCGUAAAAACCGAUAACAGCUAUAUACCUUACUGGUUGAAGGGCAUAUUGGAGGGCCUAGUGGUAGUUGGUGCUAUAAUCAUUUUGCAGGUUCUCGCAACAGUAGCUAUUUAUGUGCUAAUCUGUUUUGUGAUAUUCCUUAUUGUCACAUGGAUAUCACGUCGUCAAAUCAAAUGCCACAGAGAGACAACGUGCGUGUUUCGAUCGCCCGCACCAUCGGAACGUACAGAGGAGCCAUUGAUAACGCCGUCCAGUUUGUUGUCUCAGCGUAAUUAACAAUUUUCAACAAUUUCGACAAUUUUCACUAAACGUUAUACUUAAUUGGCGCAAGCACAUCUUUGGUUUGGUUCAAAUAUUUUUGGUUCGAUAAGACUUGAAUGUAAAAUUUCUAAAUCUGCUGACAAGAAAUGUCGUUUAAAUGCCUAAAAAGAAGAAAAUAGUAUGAAUGAUUGCAAAAGAAGAGUGGAUUGUAAAUAGGAGUUAGACAUUUUUGUACAAUGUAUCAUUCACUUGAUAUGUAAUUAUUUCUAGUUUGAUUGCAAAUAUUAACGUUUUUUGAUGACAUUUUCA